AUGUGGGUACCCUUGUCUCCCACCCUGGACUGUGGUCUGGGCUGUCCAGAUGCUAUUAAUACCUCCUGGAGUGGAGGCGGUGACUGCCAGGAGGACAAGCAUGGGCACUUGAGCUGCUCCCCGCCUGCUCGUCUCAAGUUUCCCAUCGAUUACCCAUAUUCCCCACCAGCCUUCCGCUUCCUCACCAAGAUGUGGCACCCAAACAUUUAUGAGACAGGGGACGUGUGCAUCUCCAUCCUCCAUCCCCCAGUUGACGACCCUCAGAGUGGGGAGCUGCCCUCAGAGCGGUGGAACCCCACACAGAAUGUCAGGACCAUCCUUCUGAGUGUGAUCUCCCUGCUGAAUGAGCCCAACACCUUCUCGCCCGCCAAUGUGGAUGCCUCGGUGAUGUACAGAAAGUGGAAGGAGAGCAAGGGAAAGGACCGGGAGUACACGGACAUCAUCCGGAAGCAGGUCUUGGGGACCAAGGUAGACGCAGAGCGUGAUGGCGUGAAGGUGCCUACCACACUGGCUGAGUACUGCGUGAAGACCAAGGCGCCGGCGCCCGACGAGGGCUCGGACCUCUUCUAUGAUGACUACUACGAGGAUGGGGAUGUGGAGGAGGCCGACAGCUGCUUUGGGGACGAGGAGGACGACUCUGGCGCCGAGGAGUCCUGACCACGUCCCCGAAAUAAACUUACAAAUUUUACCUCAGCAGGACCCGUGUGGGCCUCAGGCGGCAGACUACCUCACCGAGGUUCCAUAUGGGCUCCCGUCCCGUGACCCUUAGGUCCUCUUACCCCGUGGUGCCUGGCAGAUACCCCACUCAACUCACAGAUGGUGACAAGCCUGGGAGGCUGGGAACCACCUCGUGGGGAGGCAGAGACUCCGUCCCAGCCCAAGCAGGGCCAGCCCCACAGUCACCUCCUCUCUGCUUUGGUGUGUGUGAAACCCAAAUAAAAUGGCUUUCUGAGAA